AUGAGGGUGACUAAAGACUGGGAGAAGAAAUGGGCCGGGCAGGUGUUUAUGCUGGAAAACGUUUACGUGAACUGGCGCGGGCAGGUGUUUAACGAGACUCAUCUGUUCGACCCGUCGGGCUGCAUCACCGAAUUAAACGUCUCUUACCCCGCAGGAACACACGUUACCAUGCACCGUGACGUGGUGAACCUGCUGUCUGACGUGGCAGAUCCUCGUGCUGAGGUAUUCCAUGAGCUCACGGACCUUCUCCCCAUGAUGCUGCCGCUUAAGGAGGUGCUACCGAAACUCAAAGACGCCAUUAUAGUGGCGCGGAGCAGAAAGCUCCUAUCAGCAGUGGCCAAUAGAGUUCUCAAACUGCCCGUCACAGAUCACGAAGUUCAGGGGGUAAAACCCGGAGUACCCCACCUGUGGUUCGUGCAAAAACUCUACCAACCCGUCCGGCAGCAGUGCCGACAGCCCAGCAUGGCUCUAUGGACGCAAUUCCGCUCCAACCACCUCCUCCCUAGAGAUUCCCCGCAAGUCUUCCGAGAAACAGGCGCUGAGUUUGCUAAUGCUGAGUCAGCAGCGGGGUUGGAGGGAGGCGUGCCGGCGGAUUGGGUGGUGGUGGUGGGUGUUGACGUGGCAGGGCGGGUGCAGGAGGCAGGAUAUAUCAGGGAUGCGCUGCGAUUCUUUUAUCCGGAGGACCGGAUUGUACUCUUUAAGAACAACCUCAAUGUUCUGGAAGCCAAGGACUUAUUCAACAGAGCAGUUCUCUUCAUAUCCACUUCGACCUCCGCUCUUGCUCACGUCAUGUUCAUGCCACCCAACGCCACGGUCCUAGAGCUUCGGGCCGUUCUAGACCCCAAUGCCGCCCAGAAAGCAGGCUCGGCAGCAGCUGUAGCAGCGGAUCCGGAUCUGCCCACCAGGCAGCUCGCAGAGGCUUGCGGGCUUCGGCAUUAUCUGCUGCUCUGCGCCGCCCAGCCCGACCCCAAGCCGGCCAAUGGGAACGCGCUGCUGCGCAGCCGCUUAUCUUGCGACAUGUGGCACGUGCGCGAUGUGCUGGAUAGGGUAUCGCACGACGUGUACACCAGCGAGGUGGUAACCAGAGAUACUGUCCGAGCCAUCGCAGGUCCGGCGGGUGGCAGGUUCGGACUAAAGCAGAAGCUGAUUGGGACGAAGCUGAGGUCCGGGGAGGAGGUUCGGGCGUUCAACGAUUGGAUGACAUGCGUUGGGAAGCAGGGUCGGUGGGAUUACAACGCGACUCCCCGCGUGUUACCUUGGGAAUACAUGGGGAACAUCAACCUGUGCGACCACCGGCAUUGGGACGCAACACAAGGGCUCAUGAAAAAGGAAUCUGAUGAGUAUGCUCUGUCGGGAGGAGACCCCGAGAAGUGGACGGUACGGGAGAGUCUUAAGUACGACUGGAGGGUGCAUGGCACCUGCCCUAUGCCCGUUCAGGAUCAGGCCUGGGUGCCGUUUCAGCCGACUGAUUUCUGCAGCAGGGUCGGCAAGAAUCGGACGAUUCUGUUCCUGGGGGAUUCCCUGAACGAGCAGUUUUUUGGGAUUUUCAUCAACCAGAUGUUGAGAUAUGUGCCAAAGCCGGCUGACUGGGCGGUUAAGGAGUCAAAGCCCAAGUUCUGCGUUGACUGGGUCAACAACACGGAGAUUCGGCACGAAUUUUGCCGGACCAUUGAGUUUGCUGACGAGAUUUGCCCGGGCCUGAAGAUUUUGUUCAUCCGAAGCGACCACCUGUGGCUCGGCGCGCCGAGGCACUUCAGCGAGCUACAGUGGACGCGCAUGCCGGAAGUUGCCCACUCCGAUAUUAUUAUAAUUAACCGUGGAGCGCACUAUACGGUGAACGAAGUGUUCGAGCCGGAAGUGCGAACGGUUAUGACUUACCUCCGAAACCGAUGGCCCAAGAAGCUGAUCAUAUACCGCAACUCCCCGCCCGGCCAUGCUGACUGCGAAAACGCAACGGUUCCGAUUUCGAAAAGGCAGGAUCCGAGCAUUCUCCCUUACAACUGGGACAAGCUGAGUCAGCAGAAUGAGAUGGCACGUGGAAUGGCUGAGGAGCUGGGGAUAGUGUACAUGGAUGUGGAUUCGAUGACGGCUCUACGGCCGGAUGGGCACAAGGGAUGGAAGCCAUCGAUCCAACGGCUGGAUUGCUUGCACUACUGCACUCCUGGACCAUUGGAUUCAUGGAUGGACAUCUUGUACAAUACCCUGCUUAGGACGCUGCCCCCUUUGCCUUAG